UAUCUUGUUUUGAACAAGGAAAAAUAAAAAGUUCAAAUUUUUGAAACCCCUUUUAUUUUCUCCUUUUAAAGUUUUGAUUUUUUUAUUCUUACUUUCAUGGACUUAUCCGGUUUACAGACGAUGGGAAAGUCGAACCGGUAUAGUAAAGAGUGAGGAUGAUGGUCUCGGAAAAGAGAGCUUUCGUUCAGCUUCUUUCCUUGUAUCUCUUCAUCCAAUUCUCGGCCACCGCUGCUAAUUUCUUCGAACCAUUCAACGUGACAUACGACCACAGAGCUCUGAUCAUCGAUGGCAAACGCCGCAUGCUCAUCUCAGCUGGAAUUCACUACCCUCGUGCCACUCCUCAGAUGUGGCCUGACCUGAUUGCAAAAAGCAAGGAAGGUGGAGCUGAUGUGAUUGAAAGUUAUACAUUCUGGAAUGGGCAUGAACCCGUUAGAGGACAGUAUAAUUUUGAAGGAAGGUUUGAUCUUGUCAAGUUUGUGAAGCUAGUGGGAGACAGUGGACUUUAUUUCCUUCUUCGCAUAGGUCCUUAUGUUUGUGCUGAGUGGAAUUUCGGGGGAUUUCCAGUCUGGCUGCGUGAUGUCCCUGGCAUAGAAUUUCGAACAGACAAUGAACCUUUUAAGAGGGAGAUGCAGCGCUUUGUAACAAAAAUUGUGGAUUUGCUGCGGGAGGAAAAGCUCUUUUCCUGGCAGGGUGGUCCUAUAAUUCUGUUGCAGAUUGAGAAUGAAUAUGGAAAUAUGGAGAGGUCAUAUGGCCAGAAGGGGAAAGAUUAUGUCAAGUGGGCUGCUAACAUGGCUCUGGGUCUUCGUGCUGGGGUUCCAUGGGUGAUGUGCAAGCAAACUGAUGCUCCGGGUGAUAUAAUAGAUACCUGCAAUGAUUACUACUGUGAUGGUUAUAAACCAAAUUCCCCUAACAAACCAACGAUUUGGACAGAAAAUUGGGAUGGAUGGUACACAUCAUGGGGUGGAAGAUUGCCUCACAGACCUGUUGAAGAUCUUGCAUUUGCAAUCGCACGUUUUUUUCAGCGUGGAGGGAGCUUGAUGAACUAUUAUAUGUAUUUUGGUGGGACAAACUUUGGUCGUACUUCUGGAGGGCCCUUCUAUAUAACUAGUUAUGAUUAUGAUGCUCCAAUUGAUGAAUAUGGUUUGCUGAGUGAGCCGAAAUGGGGACACUUGAAAGAUCUUCAUGCCGCCAUUAGGCUCUGUGAACCUGCUCUAGUUGCUGCUGAUUCACCUCAGUAUAUGAAAUUGGGACCAAAGCAGGAGGCACAUUUAUACUGGGCAAAUAUCUGGACUAAUGGUCUGAACACUACUCUUUCUGAAAGCCAAAGCGUGUGCUCCGCAUUUCUUGCGAAUAUUGAUGAGCAUAAAGCAGCAACAGUAACAUUCCGUGGUAAAUCAUACACUUUGCCACCAUGGUCAGUGAGCAUUUUACCUGACUGCAGGAACACAGCAUUCAACACUGCAAAGGUUGGAGCACAGACCUCCGUGAAACUGGUAGAGUAUGCCUUGUCUCCAAAAAUAUCUGUACCACAACUAGUGAUGACCAAGAAUGAAGUUUCCGGUAUCCCAGAGUCAUGGAUGUCUGUAAAUGAGCCUAUUGGUAUAUGGAGUGUGAACAACUUUACAUUUCAAGGCAUGUUGGAGCAUUUGAAUGUGACAAAGGAUGAAUCUGACUAUCUGUGGCAUAUGACCAGAAUAUAUGUUUCUCAUGAAGACAUCACAUUUUGGGAGGAAAAUCAAGUUAGCCCUACACUUGUGAUUGAUAGCAUGCGUGAUGUAUUGCGGGUAUUUAUUAACGGACAGCUUACAGGCAGCAUAAGUGGUCACUGGGUCAAGGUGGUCCAGCCUGUUCAAUUUCGCCAAGGUUACAGUGAUUUGAUUUUGUUAUCUCAGACGGUUGGUUUGCAGAACUAUGGUGCCUUUCUAGAGAAAGAUGGUGCUGGGUUUAGAGGCCAAAUUAAGCUUACUGGAUUUAAAAAUGGGGAUAUAGACCUUUCCAAGCUUUCAUGGACCUACCAGGUUGGUCUGUGGGGUGAGUUCCAGAAAAUAUUCACCAUAGAAGAAAAUGAGAAGGCAGGAUGGACAAAGUUGAAGCGUGAUGCUACUCCCUCCACAUUUACUUGGUACAAGGCAUACUUUGAUGCUCCUGAUGGAAAAGAGCCAGUUUCUUUUGAUUUAGGAAGCAUGGGAAAGGGCCAAGCAUGGGUCAACGGCCACCAUAUUGGAAGAUACUGGAAUCUAGUUGCCCCAAAAGAUGGAUGUUCAAAAAGCUGUGAUUAUCGUGGAGCAUAUAAUUCAAAUAAGUGCAUGACAAAUUGUGGGAAGCCUACUCAAUCCUGGUACCACGUACCACGGUCAUGGUUACAGGCAUCAAACAAUUUACUUGUGAUAUUUGAGGAAAAUGGUGGGAACCCGUUUGAGAUUUCAGUCAAAUUACAUGUGCCCCGAAUUCUCUGUGCUCGAGUUUCUGAGUCCCACUAUCCGCCUCUGCGAAAAUGGUUCCAUCCAGAUGUUAUUGAUGGAAAAUUGUCCAUAAGUGAUAUGAAACCAGAAAUUCACUUGCAGUGUGAAGAGGGGCAUAUAAUCUCCUCCAUAGAAUUUGCUAGCUAUGGAACUCCUCAUGGCAGCUGCCAGAAUUUUUCUGAAGGCAAUUGCCACUCGCAAAAUUCAUUGUCCAUGGUAUCCAAGGCUUGCAAGGGAAGAAACAGUUGUUUUAUUGAGGUUUCAAACUCUGGGUUUGGAGGUGACCCAUGCAGAGGUAUUAUCAAGACAUUGGCAAUUGAGGCAAGAUGUGUCUCAUCAUCAACUAUUGGAGUCUCCCAGUUCUAAAAUGACAAGCAGCUGGUGCAAUGAAGAUAGUUGUUGACCGGAAACAACCUCUAUUUGUAGCCAACCAGUUGUGAUGGGCAUUUCCGUUAUAUCAUUUGUACAAAAUUGCAUGCUCAAACCUCCGCUGUUGGGUUCUCCACCCUACCGGUGCAUGCAGGUUUUCUGAUUGAUUUAUUUAUAAAUAAAUCGUGUAUUAUAUGUAAUAAUUUGGUGAACCCUAUCUCUGAACUUGGAAAAUUGAAGGGGAGAAAUAGGGUCAGUUUCUUCAACGAUUACUUUAAACCUGGAUUCUGGAUUGUAAUGGCGAAGCCAUGUUAUUUUAUGUUGUGAAUCUCAUGUGUGUGCAUGAUACAACUUUGACAAUCGAAUCACAACAGAAUUCUUGCUGCUUCCA